AUGGCAUUGACUAGAUAUCUCUACUGGCAUUUUGUUGCCAUCAGCUUGUUGGUUGCAACAGUUGUGUGCGACAUUUCCCGCGACUCGUUUCGCGAGAGAUGUCUGGCCUUCAAGCCUGCAAGACUCAUCGACAACUCGACUCUGACGCGCCAAGAAUUCAUCUCGGCUGAUACAACACUAGAUUUAUCCGAUAACGUCCCGUCAUGCAACCGUCGCUCCCAACUUGUUAAGGUCGACCUCUGCCGUAUCGCUCUUCAGAUCCCUACUUCCAAACGGUCUAGCAUCAGUUUCGAGGUAUGGUUACCGCGUGAGUGGAAGGGAAAUCGAUAUCUUGCUACUGGCAAUGGCGGCGUUGAUGGGUGUAUCAAAUAUGAAGAUCUUGGAUAUGGUACAUCGAAUGGUUUUGCUACAAUGGGUACUAACAAUGGUCACAAUGGCACUACAGCCAUCACCAUGUUGAACAAUCCCGACGUUAUCGAGGACUUUUCCUACAGAUCCCUUCACACUGGUACCGCAUCGGCCAAGAAAAUAAUAAAGUCCUUCUACAGUAAGCCUUCUGCGAAGAACUACUAUAUCGGCUGUUCACUAGGCGGUCGUAUGGGAGUCAAGGCCGCAGAGGCAUACCCCGAGGACUACGACGGCAUCGUGGCUGGAUGUCCCGCCGUCGACUUUAACAAUCUUCAAGGACAGAGAGCCAUGUUUUAUACCAUUACAGGCAAUGCAAGUUCUGACAACUACAUUCCUCUAACCACCUGGAGUGGCCUCAUCCAUGACGAAGUUCUUGCACAAUGCGACAAGAUUGAUGGUGUCAAAGAUGGCAUCAUCGAGGUUCCUGAAAAAUGCAUCUUCAACCCCAAGACACUACUCUGCAAAGGCUCUCAAACUAGCAACUGCCUUAAUUCGGCCCAGAUAAAGCAACUGGAAAUGAUCUACGCCCCAUACAAAUAUCCCAACGGCAAACUUAUUUUCCCGCGUAUGAAUCCUGGCAACGAGUUGCAGGCAGUGGGCAAACUCCUAGCUGGCAAGCCCUUUGACUAUUCGGUGGAUUGGUUCCGUUACGCCGUGUACAACGACCCGGAGUGGGAUGCCAGUACCUACAGCUCUGACGAUGUUCGAAAGGCCGACGAACUGAACCCUUCCAACAUUCGCACCUAUCCCAAAUCACUUCCAGCUUUCAAGAAGCGUGGCGGUAAGCUUCUUAGCUACCACGGCGGUCAGGACAACCAGAUCACGCAGUUCAGCACACAUCGUUUUUGGAAUCGCAUGGCGUCCGCCGACCACAAUCUGCAUGAUUACUACCGUUACUUUCCCAUAUCGGGCAUGUUCCACUGCAAUACAGGUCCCGGUGCCUGGGCUGUAGGACAGGGUGGGGGUGCUCCAGCAGCCGGAGUCCCUUUUGAUCCCGAGCAUAAUGUGCUGGCUGCCAUAGUGGCGUGGGUCGAGAAGGGAAAUGCCCCUGAGAGCCUUACGGGUACCAAGUUUAUCAACGACACGUAUACUGAGGGUGUUGACUUUCGCCGCAAACAUUGUCUGUAUCCCAAGACGCAGACAUACCUUGGUGGAGAUCCCAAGAAGGUCACCAGUUGGCGAUGCAAAUAA